AUGGCUUACGACCUCGUGUCCCGCGGCAAACGAACCCUGCUAAUGCCCUACGGAGACUUGUGGCGUCGAGAGCGCAAGGUCAUGCAUCAGAUUCUGAAUGCUACACAGCGCAACAUCUUCGAGCCGUUCCAAGACCUAGAGUCCAAGGCUUUGCUCCUCAACUACCUCGAACGUCCAGAUGAAUGGUGGAAGAGCCACGGGGCCUUUUCCGGCUCGGUCAUCAUGAGCGUCGUUUUCGGACGCCGAGCCGGCGUUGAUGAUGCGAACUUGAGCGACUCUCUUGCUGUAUCUGAAGAGUUUGUCGAGUAUCUCAUGCCCGGCCGCGCGAUCGUCGACCAUUUUCCUUUCCUCGCCAACAUUCCAUGGUUCAAAAGUCUGCAGCCGUGGCGGUGGUAUGGGGACGACCUGUAUGAGCGUACUCGCGCGGUAUACAAGCGAGAGCUGGAUCAACUUCGCGAACGGCGAGCACAGGGCAAGCAGCGGGACUGCUUCAUGACGGAAUUCCUCGAGAAGGAGCACGAUUCCGACUUCACCGAGGACGAGUUUCUGUUCAUGGCAGGCGCCCUCAUGGAAGCCGGCACGGACACCACUCGCGCAUCCUUGGACCAAUGUGUAGCCGCCGCCGCGUUGUGGCCGGAUUGGAUUGAGCGUGCUCGGAAGCAGCUUGAUGAAGUAUGCGGUGCUCACGCCGAGCGAUUGCCGACCGCCCAGGACAUGCCGAACCUGCCAAUCAUCAAGGGUGCAGUGAAGGAGAGUGUUCGAUGGAAGCCGACAAUUGCUGAGACGGGAAUCCCGCAUGCGUUGAUGCGAGACGACGAAUUCGAAGGAUACAAGAUCCCAGCGGGAACGAUCGUGACGUAUAAUCAAUGGGCGAUUGCCAAUUCCACGGACGAGUACGAGCAGCCGGAGAGGUUUUGGCCAGAACGAUUCAUCAACGAAGAUCUUGAUAAGCCUGCCAAGGGGCAUCUCGGAUUCGGCGCAGUACCUGGCGCGACGAUCCACACCUCGCAGUCACCCAAGGUGACGAAGCAUGGUCCGUCAUUCCAGGUGAAGAUCAACGUUCGAAGUGAGUCCCAUCGGCAACUCAUCGAAAGAGAGUGCCGCGGAGCAGCUAUGUAG